GUAGAGGGGCCUAUCUAUAAUUUGUAUAAAUCUUUGGGGCUCUGAAUGUAAUAUUCACUUUUAAAAAACAUUGCCACCAUUUUCUCUGUGGCCAAACACAAUAAAUAAUCAUUCUUCAUCGUCGUCGUCGUCAUCAGAUCCACCACCGGAGUCCGACAAUUUUCCCGGCCACCUCCUUCUUCUCCGGCGAAUAUCAGAUUUUUCAACAGUUUCAGGGAUUGUUGAUUGAACAGAGUUUAUUUGAACGCGAUGAGUGAGGUAUUCGAAGGCUACGAGCGUCAAUACUGCGAGCUUUCUGCAAAUUUGUCCAAAAAAUGCACAUCAGCCAGUCUUCUUGAUGGAGAACAAAAGAAGCAAAAGUUUUCUGAAGUAAAAGCUGGGCUGGAUGAAGCGGAAUCUUUGAUCCGGAAAAUGGACCUUGAGGCACGAAGUUUGCAGCCAAAUGUGAAGGUUGUGCUGCUUUCUAAGUUGAGGGAAUAUAAAUCUGAUCUGAACAACUUGAAAGCCGAAGUCAAACGAAUUACAUCAACUAACUUAAACCAGGCUGCACGGGAUGAGUUGUUGGAAUCUGGAAUGGCUGAUGCAUUAACGGUAUCAGCUGAUCAAAGGGCGAGAUUGUUAAUGUCUACUGAAAGAAUAAACAAGUCCAAUGACAGGGUUAGGGAAAGUAGAAGGACCAUGCUGGAGACAGAGGAGCUUGGUGUUUCAAUUCUUCAAGAUUUGCAUCAACAGCGCCAGUCUCUCUUACACACCCAUGACACGCUUCAUGGAGUGGAUGAUAACAUUGGCAGGAGUAAGAAAAUUUUAACCAACAUAUCAAGAAGGAUGAGCAGGAACAAGUGGAUUAUUGGCUCCAUAAUCGCAGUCCUUGUCGUUGCUAUCAUCUUGAUCUUGUACUUCAAACUUUCCAAAUAGACAAAAUGUCCUUGACUUAGUUUGUGAGUGUUUCGGAUAAACAUGAGUUUGUUGUUCUCAUUUGCUGUUUAUUUCUCUGCAACAGUGAGUUUUGACAUUCAUUUGAUCAAUAAAAAGAAGUUGUGCCUCGUCUAUUUUA